AUGAGUGCUGGAGCAGGUCUUUAUCAGGUCUUUAUCAGUUUAAUUUUGUCAGAAACUGGAUCAGUGAUCUCGUCUGGUGUGGAUGGAAAACAGCAGAAUGUAAAUAACGAUGAAGCUACAGAACCACAGAAGAACCCUGAUGUAGAGACAGAAACUUCACAAGCUGCAGAAACUGAAGUGAAGUCACCUUCUGAGGAUAAAAAUCAGGGAGAACAACCUAAAACCACAGAUACAACUACACCAACAGAUACAAAUCAAACGUCUGAUCCAGAGGAGACGCCACGUCUAACUCCAGUGUGUGUGAGAGCAGAGGUCAGUCAGCAGGAAUCAUCUGAACAUCAGAAUCCUGAAACACUGGAAGAUAAAACACACCUUCCAGAGACUGGACCUGCUGACUCCACCUCAGAUAACAGACCCACUCUCACCACGUCAGAGAUCAGUUACAAUUUAGACCAAGUGAAACAAUACAAAGUGAACAUCAGCAUCGACCCAGAGGAAACUCCAGAGUCUCUAAUAUACGAGGGAAAGGAAGUAAGGAGCUCUGCUGCGUUCCCUCACUGGGACAUUAACAAUCCUGAUGAUGAUAAAAUCUUCACUCUGUGUAAAGAGAGGUUUCAGGCUGGUAAACAUUACUGGGAGGUGAAAGUGAGAGAGUCACAGAAAACAGUAAAACUCUCCUGGUUUGUUGGUGUAGCGAGUGAUGAAGCUGAGAAAGAGUACAGCGUCGAGUUUACACCACAGGAUGGGUUCUGGGUUCUCUGUUAUGAAAGAGGAAAAGGAGUUUAUAUCAGAGAUCAAACAGAACUGAUUUCACUCCCAGACGUUAAUAAAGAGCUGACAGCAGUGGGAGUGUUUUUAGACUGUGAUACACACACACUGUCAUUUUAUAAUAUUAAUACACACUCACACAUCUACACUUUCACUAAUGUGGACGUCAGAACAUCACUGCGUCCUCUGAUCAGCCCUGGAGUCAGAGACGCUCAUCCUGUAUGGAUUAUUUAGGAGAAUAAAGACAUCUGUAAUAUGAUGAUGUGUGAGUUUAUAAUGUAUUUAUAUAAAGUGUGUAUACAUACUGUACAUAACACACUCCUAAUUAAAACCAGACAGGAAAAAGGAGAGAUUUGGACUUUAAGUGAGGGACAUGAUGUCCACACCGAGUGUCUCACUAUUACUGCUAAACUGCAGCUGGACUUCUGAUGGCUGGGACUCUUAUAUCGCUUAUUGUGCCGCGUCACCUGGAUUAUCUGCACAUGUUCAUUUACUGUUGUCUCAUUUUAUUGUGACUUUAAACACAGAAAAUAAGACGUGUGGAAAGGAUUUGUUUGUAAAGUUCAUAUAAUGAGGUUUAUAAGUCAUGUGUUUAAUACAUGGAGCAACUGAAUAUUUUAAUAUGAAUGGAGUAAAUCACUGUAACAGAAGAACAUUAUCAUUUAAAAAGUCUCUUUUUAGUGACCACACCCUGUACACCCCCCUACACAUUUAUAUUAGAUACGGGACGUUUGGGUCCACUGGACAAAUAAAAGUGUGAAAAUUGUAGGUCCUGUGUACCUUCACUCUGUUCUCCUCCUUAUGCACACUUAUAUAUCUACUUCAUAUUAAAAAUUUUAUAGCACAUUAGCAAACUACACAUUAAUAAAUCAUAGUAAAAUCACACCUAAUCUACAGGUAGAUUUCCACAAAUAUCUUAAGUACACUAAAACCUAUUUUUUCCUUUUAUAUAUUUAGUAUAUAUUAUAUACAGGACCCAGAUAGCACAGGUACGUCGCGAA